AAAGAUUCACAAGAGAUUGGUUACCCCAUUAGCUUGAUCCAGCCUGAAAAAAUAGUUUUUUGUCAUGAUUCGAGCGUUUAGAAACAAAAUUCAUGAGACAGUUUUGUCAGAUUUCUCUGGUGAUUUCAAAUAUGAAAUUGAAUCGAAAGCUUGGCAAACAGCUUUAGAGAAUUUGAUGUUUCCCGAGAGACGUUUCAAAGAUGGCCGCCGAGUGAAAUGACUUUUGUUAAAGGGACUUUGGUUCAGUCUCUGUGUGAUAGUUUACAUGGUCAUCAAGGAUACGCAGAGUGAACGUGGGCAGCUACGCCAUCCUUUUCUCUGUUUUGGUCUGUUUAUACUGAAACGCAACCCCGGCGUUUUCAAACUACGGGGUCUGCAGCGUCUUCAAAAGUCUCCGUUUUCGAGGAGUGGUCAGUCUGUCUAGUAACAUUGUGGUGCUGCUGAUGUUUGUGAAGUUCAGAGAGUUGCGCACUGCCACAAAUGCUAUCAUCAUUAAUCUGGCUUUCACUGACAUUGGCGUAGCCGGUAUUGGUUACCCCAUGUCAGCAGCCUCGGACCUGCACGGGAGCUGGAAAUUUGGAUACAUGGGCUGCCAGAUCUAUGCUGCCCUGAAUAUAUUCUUCGGAAUGGCCAGUAUUGGGCUGCUCACUGUGGUUGCCAUUGACCGAUACCUUACCAUAUGUCGACCUGACGUAGGACAGAAGCUGUCAACAUUAUCAUACACGCUUCUAAUUGUGGCUGCUUGGCUGAAUGCUGUGUUUUGGUCAGCCAUGCCCAUCAUUGGUUGGGCAGGAUAUGCCCCUGACCCCACAGGAGCCACAUGCACCAUCAACUGGAGAAACAAUGACGCAUCUUUUGUGUCCUACACAAUGACUGUAAUCAUUGUCAACUUCAUCAUUCCACUGUCGGUCAUGUUCUACUGCUACUACAACGUCUCGGUUACAGUGAAGAGGUUCAAAGUUAGUAACUGCUUAGACAGCAUCGACAUGGAUUGGUCUGACCAGAUGGAUGUCACUAAGAUGUCCAUUAUAAUGAUAGUGAUGUUCCUGGCUGCCUGGUCUCCAUAUUCGAUUGUGUGUUUGUGGGCAUCGUUUGGUGACCCCAAAAAGAUUCCAGCACCAAUGGCCAUAAUUGCCCCACUCUUCGCCAAGUCCUCCACCUUUUACAAUCCUUGCAUCUAUGUCAUCGCCAACAAAAAGUUCAGGAGAGCCAUCACUGGAAUGUUACGUUGUCAAACACGACAGCGAAUGAAUAUAAGCAACCAGCUUCCAAUGACAGCGUCUUCUGUGCCACUCAACCCUUAAAUGAAGAGCGAUUCAGAUAUUUAAACAUUCAUAAAACAUCAGCGCUGGACGCUUUCUGUCUGCUCCACUGUUUUAACACCACUAGGGCAUGAUUCCUUUAUGGAUGUAAAGUGUUCUUGAACAACUAACAUUGACUUCCUUUAACCUUGCAAUUCAGUAUCUAAUCUGAUGCUUGUUACAUUGUUAUGUCUACUACAAAUCUUGUGAAAUUGUUGUU